AUGGUAGGACAACAGUAUUCUAGUGCUCCACUCCGUACAGUAAAAGAGGUCCAAUUCGGUCUUUUCUCACCUGAAGAAGUUAGAGCAAUCAGUGUGGCCAAAAUUAGAUUUCCAGAGACAAUGGAUGAAACCCAGACGAGAGCGAAAAUUGGUGGUCUAAACGACCCUAGGUUAGGCUCUAUUGAUCGUAAUCUGAAGUGUCAAACUUGUCAAGAGGGUAUGAACGAAUGUCCUGGUCAUUUUGGUCACAUAGAUUUAGCAAAACCUGUAUUUCAUGUUGGUUUUAUUGCCAAAAUUAAGAAAGUAUGUGAGUGUGUCUGUAUGCACUGUGGUAAGCUAUUACUGGAUGAACAUAAUGAAUUAAUGAGACAAGCUCUAGCAAUCAAAGACAGUAAAAAAAGGUUUGCUGCAAUUUGGACUUUAUGUAAAACAAAAAUGGUCUGCGAAACAGAUGUCCCUUCUGAAGAUGAUCCUACUCAGCUCGUAUCAAGGGGAGGUUGUGGUAAUACACAGCCUACAAUUCGUAAGGAUGGGUUGAAAUUAGUUGGUAGUUGGAAAAAAGAUAGAGCCACGGGGGAUGCGGAUGAACCAGAACUAAGAGUUUUAAGUACGGAGGAAAUCUUGAAUAUUUUUAAGCAUAUCUCAGUAAAAGACUUCACUAGUUUGGGUUUCAACGAAGUUUUUUCUCGUCCAGAAUGGAUGAUUUUAACAUGCCUUCCUGUCCCACCACCACCGGUGCGUCCAUCCAUUUCCUUCAAUGAAUCUCAAAGAGGUGAGGAUGAUUUAACCUUUAAACUUGCUGAUAUUUUAAAAGCUAAUAUUAGUUUGGAAACACUAGAGCAUAACGGUGCUCCACAUCAUGCUAUUGAAGAAGCAGAGAGUUUAUUACAAUUUCAUGUUGCCACUUAUAUGGAUAAUGAUAUUGCUGGUCAACCACAAGCUCUUCAAAAGUCCGGCCGUCCCGUUAAAUCUAUUCGUGCUCGUUUGAAGGGUAAAGAGGGUCGUAUCAGAGGUAAUUUAAUGGGUAAGCGUGUGGAUUUUUCGGCAAGAACUGUUAUUUCUGGUGAUCCUAAUUUGGAAUUAGACCAAGUCGGUGUUCCAAAAUCUAUUGCCAAGACUUUAACAUACCCAGAAGUGGUCACACCAUAUAACAUAGAUCGUCUGACGCAACUUGUUAGGAAUGGACCAAAUGAGCACCCCGGUGCCAAAUACGUCAUUCGUGAUAGCGGAGACCGUAUAGAUUUAAGAUACAGUAAAAGGGCAGGUGAUAUUCAAUUACAGUAUGGGUGGAAAGUUGAACGUCAUAUUAUGGACAAUGAUCCAGUUUUAUUCAACCGUCAACCUUCGUUGCACAAAAUGUCCAUGAUGGCCCACAGAGUAAAAGUUAUUCCAUAUUCUACAUUUAGAUUGAAUUUGUCCGUUACAUCUCCAUACAAUGCCGAUUUCGACGGUGACGAAAUGAAUCUUCACGUUCCUCAGUCUGAGGAAACAAGGGCGGAACUUUCUCAAUUAUGUGCUGUUCCUCUGCAAAUUGUUUCACCACAAUCUAACAAACCUUGUAUGGGUAUUGUUCAAGAUACUUUGUGUGGUAUUCGUAAACUGACAUUAAGAGAUACAUUUAUAGAACUUGAUCAAGUUUUGAAUAUGCUUUAUUGGGUUCCAGAUUGGGAUGGUGUUAUUCCGACACCUGCAAUUAUCAAGCCCAAACCUUUGUGGUCCGGUAAACAAAUCUUGUCUGUGGCUAUCCCAAACGGUAUUCAUUUACAACGUUUUGAUGAGGGCACUACUCUGCUUUCUCCAAAGGAUAAUGGUAUGCUUAUUAUUGACGGUCAAAUCAUUUUUGGUGUAGUAGAGAAAAAAACCGUUGGUUCCUCCAAUGGUGGUUUAAUUCAUGUUGUUACGAGAGAAAAGGGACCUCAAGUUUGUGCUAAGUUGUUUGGUAACAUACAGAAAGUUGUUAACUUUUGGUUACUACAUAAUGGGUUUUCAACAGGUAUUGGUGAUACCAUUGCGGACGGCCCAACAAUGAGGGAAAUUACAGAGACAAUUGCAGAGGCUAAAAAGAAAGUUUUGGAUGUUACGAAAGAAGCCCAGGCAAACUUAUUGACUGCUAAACAUGGUAUGACUCUCCGUGAGUCUUUUGAGGAUAACGUUGUUCGGUUCCUAAAUGAAGCAAGAGAUAAGGCAGGUCGUUUAGCUGAAGUCAAUUUGAAAGAUUUGAACAAUGUGAAACAAAUGGUUAUGGCAGGUUCCAAGGGUUCAUUUAUUAAUAUCGCGCAAAUGUCAGCUUGUGUAGGACAGCAAUCUGUUGAAGGUAAACGUAUUGCUUUUGGGUUCGUUGAUCGUACCUUACCUCAUUUCUCUAAAGAUGAUUACUCCCCAGAGUCUAAAGGUUUUGUUGAGAACUCAUAUUUGAGAGGUUUGACCCCACAAGAAUUUUUUUUCCAUGCAAUGGGUGGUCGUGAAGGUCUUAUCGAUACCGCCGUCAAAACAGCCGAAACAGGUUAUAUUCAACGUCGUUUAGUGAAAGCUCUAGAAGAUAUCAUGGUUCAUUACGAUAACACCACAAGAAACUCAUUGGGUAACGUUAUUCAGUUUAUUUAUGGUGAAGAUGGUAUGGAUGCUGCGCAUAUUGAAAAGCAAUCGCUAGAUACUAUUGGUGGCUCCGAUGCAGCUUUUGAAAAGAGAUACAGAGUUGAUUUAUUGAAUACAGACCAUACCCUUGAUCCCUCACUAUUGGAAUCCGGAUCUGAGAUACUUGGCGAUUUGAAACUUCAAGUUCUCCUGGAUGAAGAAUACAAACAAUUAGUGAAAGAUCGUAAAUUUUUGAGGGAAGUUUUUGUUGAUGGUGAAGCAAACUGGCCAUUACCAGUCAACAUAAGACGUAUUAUUCAAAAUGCUCAACAAACUUUCCACAUAGAUCAUACGAAACCAUCUGAUUUAACAAUCAAAGACAUCGUUCUUGGUGUAAAGGAUUUGCAAGAAAACUUAUUAGUGUUGCGUGGUAAGAAUGAAAUUAUACAAAAUGCCCAGCGAGAUGCAGUUACAUUGUUCUGCUGUUUAUUACGUUCCCGUUUGGCCACACGUAGAGUUCUACAAGAGUACAGACUAACAAAACAGGCAUUCGAUUGGGUAUUAAGUAAUAUCGAGGCACAAUUCCUCCGUUCUGUUGUUCACCCUGGUGAAAUGGUUGGUGUUCUAGCAGCCCAAUCCAUUGGUGAACCAGCCACACAAAUGACCCUUAACACCUUCCAUUUUGCUGGUGUUGCUUCCAAAAAAGUUACUUCUGGUGUCCCCCGUUUAAAGGAAAUUUUGAAUGUGGCCAAAAACAUGAAAACCCCUUCCUUGACUGUAUACUUAGAGCCUGGUCAUGCUGCCGAUCAAGAACAAGCGAAGUUGAUCAGAUCUGCUAUCGAGCAUACCACUUUAAAGAGUGUCACUAUUGCUUCAGAAAUUUACUAUGAUCCUGAUCCACGUUCCACAGUUAUUCCAGAAGAUGAAGAAAUUAUCCAACUUCAUUUCUCAUUAUUGGAUGAAGAGGCUGAACAAUCUUUUGACCAACAAUCACCUUGGUUAUUACGUCUGGAACUGGAUCGUGCAGCAAUGAAUGAUAAAGACUUAACAAUGGGUCAGGUUGGUGAAAGAAUCAAGCAAACAUUCAAAAAUGAUUUGUUUGUUAUCUGGUCUGAAGACAACGAUGAGAAGUUGAUCAUCCGUUGUCGUGUUGUUCGUCCAAAGUCACUAGAUGCUGAGACUGAAGCAGAAGAAGAUCAUAUGUUGAAGAAAAUUGAGAACACAAUGUUAGAGAAUAUUACAUUACGUGGUGUAGAGAACAUCGAGCGUGUUGUCAUGAUGAAAUAUGACCGUAAAGUACCAAGUCCAACUGGUGAAUACGUUAAGGAACCUGAAUGGGUGUUGGAAACAGAUGGUGUUAACUUAUCUGAAGUUAUGACUGUUCCUGGUAUCGACCCAACCAGAAUCUAUACCAACUCCUUCAUUGAUAUAAUGGAAGUUCUAGGUAUUGAAGCUGGUCGUGCAGCCUUGUAUAAAGAAGUUUACAAUGUUAUUGCUUCUGAUGGUUCGUAUGUUAACUACCGUCAUAUGGCUUUGUUAGUCGAUGUUAUGACAACCCAAGGUGGCUUAACUUCUGUUACUCGUCAUGGUUUCAACAGAUCAAAUACAGGUGCCUUAAUGAGAUGUUCAUUUGAAGAAACUGUCGAAAUUUUGUUUGAAGCUGGUGCUUCAGCCGAAUUAGAUGAUUGUCGUGGUGUUUCGGAAAAUGUCAUUCUUGGUCAAAUGGCUCCAAUCGGUACCGGUGCAUUUGAUGUGAUGAUCGAUGAGGAGUCACUGGUAAAAUACAUGCCAGAACAAAAAAUAACUGAGAUUGAAGACGGACAAGAUGGUGGCGUCACACCAUACAGUAACGAAAGUGGUUUGGUCAAUGCAGAUCUUGACGUUAAAGAUGAGCUAAUGUUUUCACCUCUGGUUGAUUCGGGUUCAAAUGACGCUAUGGCUGGAGGAUUUACAGCGUACGGUGGUGCUGAUUAUGGUGAAGCCACGUCUCCAUUUGGUGCUUAUGGUGAAGCACCUACAUCUCCCGGAUUUGGAGUCUCCUCACCAGGCUUUUCUCCAACUUCCCCAACAUACUCUCCUACCUCUCCAGCGUACUCACCAACAUCACCAUCGUACUCACCAACAUCACCAUCGUACUCGCCAACAUCACCAUCGUACUCACCUACAUCACCAUCGUAUUCACCAACGUCACCAUCAUAUUCGCCAACGUCACCAUCAUAUUCGCCAACGUCGCCAUCGUAUUCUCCAACGUCACCAUCGUAUUCGCCAACGUCGCCUUCCUACUCUCCCACGUCGCCAAGCUACAGCCCUACGUCUCCUUCUUAUUCUCCUACAUCUCCAUCAUACUCUCCUACGUCACCAAGUUACAGCCCAACGUCACCAAGUUACAGCCCAACGUCUCCAGCCUAUUCCCCAACAUCACCAAGUUAUAGUCCUACAUCGCCUUCAUACUCUCCAACAUCACCAUCCUAUUCCCCAACAUCACCUUCUUACUCUCCCACCUCUCCAAACUAUAGCCCUACUUCACCUUCUUACUCCCCAACAUCUCCAGGCUACAGCCCAGGAUCUCCUGCAUAUUCUCCAAAGCAAGACGAACAAAAGCAUAAUGAAAAUGAAAAUUCCAGAUGA